AUGAAAAGGAUUGAAUGCAUUAAGAAAGGGAACAAUUAUGAAGCCCUCAACAUCGGUUCAUGGAACGAAGUAAUCGAUUACGAACUUCCGAUGGGACCUAGUGUUCUCCAGGGGAAAGUGUUCGUCGGACAGGCCGUUGGUGCGACGGGCAGCGAGUUAAGCUUCCAGACGCUCGUUCCCGGCCAGGACAGCGGUUUCCUCCACACGCACAAGACACAUGAGGAACUUUACAUCAUCAUCAAGGGUGAAGGACUGUAUCAAGUCGAUGGAGAAAUCUUCCCGGUACGCGAAGGAACGGUCAUCCGUGUAUCUCCUGACGGAAAGCGAGCUCUGAAGAACAACGGCAAAGAGAACCUGACGAUGCUAUGUAUCCAGUACAAGGCCAAUGCAUUUGGAGGAGCCGACAGCCCCAUGAUUGACGGGACUAUUCUCCAGGAACCUCUUAACUGGUAA